GCAGCCGCGGGGGCGCGCGUGGCUUGCGCUUAAAAGGCGAGAGAUCGCGGUCCGCAAGGUUUUUCCUCGACAGAUCCUGCCGCAGUCCGUUCCCUCCCGCUCCGCCUGCUUCAGUCUGCUCCACCGCUGCCAGCAUCUCAGCCGUGCCCUGUGCCUGCCGCCUCCAGGUCCCGCGCCGCGGCCCGCCCUCUGCGACCCCUGCUGCGAGGUAACGCGUCCCGGACCGAGCCCCUGUGGGUGUGGCCCGGGCUCGCUUGCGCCCCGUCGCCCUGUCGCCGCACUUUGGUCGCCUCCUGCGCCCCCCUCCUCAUUUCGGCCUCCUCCCGCCGUCCCUAUAACUCCCUGCCCCCAACCGCGGGACACUCAAAGCCCCAGGAACUAGUCACGAUGUCAGAGGCGGCGGGAAAUCUCAAUAGCCUCCUCUUGGCGAAUGUGGCCCUGCGAGAGGAGUUAAAUGCUCUUCGAGGAGAGAAUGCCCACCUGGGCCUGCAGCUCGGAAGAGCCCUGGCCGAGGUUAAUUCCUUGCGGGGCUACGUCCACUGGCAGGGGCCCAUAGUGCCCGUCCUUGACGAGGAGAACUUUGAGUUACUGCUCAGUGAGACCGAUCCCGCUCCCGAGGAGGAGGUGCCUUUCCUGUGCUGGCCUCCUCCUCGCACAGAUCCCGAGUAUGUCUCAGACGAUCUUUUGAUUAACGUGGUCCAGGACUAUACCAAUCCCGACGGGUCCACUGACCCUCCUCUGUCACCCGGCCUGUCCCAGGCGGAGCUGCACUUCCCCGCGUCAAAGGAGCCACCCCUACAGGCCCUUCUGCCACCGCUGGAGCGGCCAGACAUAGAACCCUUUUCAGGCGACCCAGUCUACCUGGCUGAAUUUCUGAUGCAGCUAGAGACUUUCAUAGCAGAUCACGAGGAUCACUUCCCUGGGGACGCGGAACGGGUGGCCUUUUUGAUUUCUUUUUUCACAGGGGAAGCGAGAGACUGGGCUAUCUCAGUCACUCAGGAAGGAAGCGCCUUGCAUGACAACUUCCCGCGCUUCCUCGAUGAAAUCCGUAAGGAAUUCUGUGGCCCCAUCCCCUCACGCGUGGCUAAAAAGGCCAUCCGUAAGCUGAAACAGGGAGACUGUACCCUGGGCAGCUAUGCAGACGCUUUCCAAUUCUUGGCCCAGUUCUUGUCCUGGGAUGACUGUCGCCUCCAAAACCAGUUCCUCAAAGGCUUGUCAGAAUUUUUCCGAAAGGAACUCUUAUGGUCAACUGAAAUGGCAGACCUGGAUGAGCUGAUUCUUGAGUGUGUGGAGAUAGAAAGGAAAGUGCGUGUCCCCAAGCCAGUCCCACUCCCAGAAAUCCAAGAUAGCUUCUGCCCUUUUGCUCCAGUUCUUAACGAGGAUGAAAAUGAAGGUGUGGAGUGCUAUUGUGAGAAUGAGGAUGAGGGUGACGAGGCAGGCGGGCACAGGCUUUAUCUGAUGGACCAGAGGAUGCACAUGAAGGCUUUCUCACAAGAGCUGAGGGAGGAGGAAGAGGAGGAGGAGGAGGAGGAGGAGGAGGAGGAAGAGGAGGAGGAGGAGAUGAGGAGAGAGGAAGAAGAGAUGGAGGAUGAGGAAGAUGAGGAUGAGGAAGAGGAGUAUGAGGAUGAAGAUGAGGAGGAGGAGGAAGAAGAAGAGGAGGAAGAAGACAAGGAGGAGGAGAUGAAGAAGAAUGAGGAUGGUGGUGAGAAUAAGUAUGAGGAGGAAGAUGGAAUUGAGGUUAGGGUCCUGGAGCUAGAACAGGAGCGAGGGAGAGAGGAGAUCCAGCAUGAGCAUGUGUAUGUGCACGACUACACGCCUGUACACAUGCAUGCACUUGCUGCCCACCAUCAUGGCCUACAUGGAGAGCUGGUGGAGAUGGAAGAACCUGUCCUUGUUGACAGUUCAACCCAGACCGUUAGCUCUGCGAUAGGCUUCCAUGCUGAGAAUUACCUGGGUGUAUCACCUGCCAUAAUACAUUCUAGCAGACAGAGGAACCAGAAUGGAGUCCCACUUCUGGAGGGUCUUCCAGAUACCAAUUCUCCCUUCUACAGCUCACCACCACCACUGAUUCACCAUGCAGGUCACUUGGGGCAACACCAAAUGCAGAGACACCCCUCAGUGCUAUUCUGCCUCACUCCUAGACAGGGGGGCCACCGAGCUCAAGGCCGAAUUCGCGUGUGAAUGCUGGGGUGAGUUGGCCACGGGGAACACACCCUUCUACUGCAUCCCUUGCCCCUUGCCAUUGCUGCUUUACCUGCCCCAUCUACUGACCAGGCCUUAAGAAAGCUCCAGGCCUGAAGAACUCUAAGAAGACUUGCAGAAUUCCAGACUGUUUUGCAACCACGACCAGAGAGUAAAAUAGGCCCAACCAAGGCCAUCUAGGAAAGGAGAAGUCACUGUCCUCUUGCCAUGAACUGCUCAGUCCUCGCACAAGUUGGAGAGCAAGUGUCUGGGCCUGUUCUUGUCAAUGCACUGGUCACCUUUGUUUUCUCCUCUAGUGGUUCCCAGUCGUUGCCUCUCCUGUGUGUCUUUGCCCUGUGUGCCACAGUUUUAUCCUGACGGGCUCAACAGGACUUCACCCAAUGCCUCACUGAUCUGCCCCAGUGACCUAAAGGGCAGGCUACAUUAAACUCUUGAUGCCACUGAGGCUACUUGCUGGACAACGAGCAGGAUGGCACCAAGAAAUAUAUACUUGCCUUGUUUCCAGCAGAAGGGCCUGAAAGGGGAGUGUGCGCCUAGUGCAGUGAGAAAUAAAGCCACGCGUGCAAUGGACCGCUUGACGGAGAUUUGCUCUCUCUGGCUGAUGGUGGCAAACUGACUCCACUUUGAGGGCUGGGUUGACCUUCCCUCAGACUCCUGCACCAGGACACUCAGAACAGGCUUUGGCCCCUUUCCCCUUAAAGGAUUGCUAGAGGGGGAGGGAGAGGGGGAGGCAGAGAUGGCAGCAGCGCCACAACUCAGUUGGACAUCCUAAGGAGUGAGUCGCUUUAGGAACAUGGCCCUUCUGGCCCAGCGCGAGGCCUCUGAGGAGACUGUGUCCUCAAGGCUGUGGAGGUGGCACUGCUGGCCUGCUCCUGAAGCCCCUCUGACUCUGCGGAGUUCUCAGUUCUGAAAGAAGAAAACAGGGCCAGCUCCUUAGAGACUGCACCCAUGCAGCGCGGCUGCCCAGCACCUCCAUGGCUCUCACAUGAGGGCCAGUCUCUCCCAGCCAGGCCUGCUGCUGAACUGCAGUUAGCCAGCAUGGCUUAAGGGCUCACUGCCUCCUACACACUCCAGGGGCUUCUUGGGCACACAUUCAGGUGCCCUUAGAAAGAGACCUGCUGUUCAGUGUGGGUCCAGAAAGCACUGCUUCUCCAGUGAAAACCACACAUGUACUCUAUCAGUUCUGGCCACAAAAUGGCAGCCCAAUCCACUGCUGGCCCAGCGUGUCCAAGGACACUGAACUUGCUGCACAGUGCCUGCAGCGGGGCAAGUGCAGCCUCAGGGUCUGUGGCCAGCAGGAAGGACACUGGAAAUGAAGUAUGUUCCUCACUGGAGUCUGAAGAGGAGAACCCAACCCUAGAAUCUGACCUAAGACCAGAGGAAGGAACCUGGGAAGAGGAGUCUUAGGCAGACCUAGUCCUCAGACUGGUUUAGGGUGAGAUCUCUAUUCAUCAGCCAAAGCCUAUUUCCUCAGGCGAGAGUUCCAGAAGGGAAAACACCACUCUUCGAAGCUAUGGACCCUGUUUGCUGAUGUCAACAUGCUGGUCAUGCUGCCCGUGUGCUUGUGAAGUGCAAAGGGCAGGUGCCUUGUACCUCAAAUUCCAGAGACCUCCUUGGCACAGGCCUUGCCUGACCCCGUAAUGCAGCUCACUCUGAACACGUGUAGCCUCAGCCAGGGAGAGCGUGCAUGAGCAGGAAACUGGUUUGUAGGCCUCUGGGGGCAGAGGGGGCUUGGACUUCCUUUGACCUUUUCCCUUCUUUCCCAGAUCUUCAAUAUUUUUUUGUGAUGUGACAGCUACAGGAGCUGCCCGAAGCUUUGAGUGCCUCCUUGGGUUGAG